AUGUCUUUGUUAAAGAAGUUGAAAGAGGACUUUGUUUCUGAUUUAUCGGGCGGCUCAAUUGAAGAGGUCUAUUUGGUCACCUCGAUUGCCCUAACUUCGGACCUAGCGUUUAAGCUUAUCCAUGGAGCCAUUGAGUUGCCCUUGGUUUACGAUUACGUGUUGAAUGUGUUGGCUAUACUAACAGCAAUAACAUUAUAUGCUAAUAACUCACUUUUCUUACACUACUCCAUUCUCCUUCCGUCGUUGAUCAUUUAUUUGACAAGUCACUAUGUUACAGCUAACAACAACAAGAAGAAUAAGAAUACGAACAAGGGCAAGAAGGAGAAGAAGACUGCGAAGGUGCUGAAAGACAGUUCAGCUGGUACUACCCGGGAGGAUUUCCUACCAAGGAAAAACUUUGUCACCAUUUACAGAGCGCACAUGUUGAUCGUCACCAACUUGGCUAUACUAGCUGUGGAUUUCAAGGUUUUCCCGAGGAGAUUUGCCAAAGUCGAAACUUGGGGCACGUCAAUGAUGGAUAUGGGUGUAGGGUCGUUUGUGUUUUCCAUGGGUCUUGUCAGCUCAAGACAAUUGAUCAAACAGGGCAAUCGCAAAGGCAUCCAAAAAUUCAAUCUUUCACAGUAUUGCAGUAUAGUUUGGCAAAAUUUGUUUAAAUCUUUGCCAAUUCUAACGUUGGGCGUCGCUAGAUUGCUCAGCGUGAAACAAUUGCAAUAUCAAGAACACACUACGGAAUACGGCAUUCACUGGAAUUUUUUCAUCACGCUAGGCCUGAUCCCGGUGCUUAUGGGUGUAUUGGAUCCCAUUUUAAACAAGGUGCCCAGAGGCGUUUUAGCAUUUGCAUUUGCUUUGGUUAACGAAUUGGUAUUGCAAAAAACCGACGUUUUGCUGUUUAUUAUAACCAACGAUAACCGAUUCGAUAAUUGGAUCACCAUGAACAAAGAAGGCAUAUAUUCGCUCUGGGGAUACUUUACCAUUUUCUUGUUUGGACAGUCAUUUGGCUCCUUUGUCUUGACGGGGUAUCCUACAAAAGAUAACCUAGUGCUUUACAAUAACAAGACUGCAACAACAGCAGCAACAACAACAUCCAAAAAGAAGAAGAAUAAAGAUCGAUCACUAUUGACAGUAACCACCACCCAAGGCUUAAUCACAACCACCAUUUUUUACCAACUUGUUUUCACUCUUGUCAAUAACUCACCUUUGAUCACCAAUGUGAGCAGAAGAUUUUGUAACCUAGCGUAUAUAUUGUGGGUUGUAUCCUACAACUCAACAUUCUUGCUAGGAUACAAUGUAAUUGACAAAUUUGUCCUGCUGCUGAGCUUAGACAGGGAAAAUUCAUACCUUUUAGAAAGCAUCAACAAUAACGGGUUAUUGAUAUUUCUCGUUGGUAACUUGCUAACAGGAUUGGUCAACAUGAGUGUAAAUACCCUUGAAAUGUCAAAUAUGGGAGCAAUCUUGGUGUUGAUGGGUUACAGUGUAACGUGGAGUGCCAUGGCAAUUUAUUUGAACAAGCACAAGAUCUAUAUCAAGCUAUAA